CAUCAAACAUGUUUGAUGGGGUGAAGCAGCAUUUUAUAAUUCGUCGGAACGGCAGUUGAGCACGAAUGCACCGCCAGUCAGCAGCAUGCAUAGCAGCCAACUGUUUCUCGUCACGAUCAUCCUCCUGCUAGUCGCUCAGUGGACCAGCUGUGGAUUUGUUAACGAUGAUGGAUUCUAUUUAACCGAAGAUUUGUCCGAUUCCGAAACCCUGCAGGCUGUUAGGCCGAGCCCCAUCGAGUGCCCAUCGGAAGAUGUUAUCGUCCAACGCUACCGAUGUCACGAUAAGGAAUCCGAUGGCUGGAAAGAUUGUUUCCAGCGUAGCUGCUGCCAAAAUUACACUUUUAUUGCCGGACGUUGCGUAGCGGCCGACAAGGAUCCCUGUACGCUCGACUUGUGCGAACAAAAAUGUUCCGUUUUCUUCGGUCGGGUCAUCUGCACUUGUUUCGUUGGGUACAAAUUUAAUGGCGAAAACCAGAAAAAUGGAAUACGACCUUACUGUAUCGACAUUGACGAAUGCGACGAAGAUAACGGGAACUGUGAGCAAGAAUGUCUCAACACUCCCGGCUCGUUUCAGUGCCGCUGUGGAAGCGGGUUUCAAUUACGUGAGGACGGUCGGACUUGCCAACCUGAAAGCGAUACCUCAGCCGCCGCCUCUGUGGUCGACGCCAACUCGACCGUAACGACGCAAUUGACCGCAAACAACAACAACGAAACUGUUAACGAAACAACGACUUUGCGGUGUCAAGCUUCUUGCGAGCACGUCACCAAAAUGGAACAGAAAAUGAAACGUUUGGAAGAAAAAAUUACAGCCAUGAGCACAGCUAUCAAAUUAUACAGCUUCGCUUCCGGACCCCCGGGUCCAGAAGGGCCUCCGGGACCAGAAGGACCACCUGGACCAAGAGGGUUUCCCGGACCCAACGGCGCACCUGGAAGUCCUGGACCAAUCGGAAGACCUGGCAAAUCUGGGGCAACCCAAUCACAGGCUUUAGAACAGGACGAUUUGCCUUUAGAUUCCUAUACAUUAAUCCCUAGUGGAGCUAAAGAUCAAGGGCCUCCCAGUAAAUUCUGUCGCUGCAAAAGAGGACCAAUUGGACCUGCCGGACCGAUCGGACAGAUUGGAGAGCGUGGCUUUCGUGGUGAGCCGGGAUCGAGAGGUGAAAAGGGCGAACCCGGAAAUUUCGAACACCUUCUCCUUCUACUCGCAGACCUCAGAUUUGACAUUAAAGCGCUCCAAGACAAAGUUUUCGUCGGUCAAUCACCACCUUUGAUGGACCUUCACGAAGCUAUUCGAUUGGAAUUGGCAGCUACCCGCCCUUAAUAAAAGCUUAUAGCCUUAAAAAUUCCCAACUACGCCAAUCUGUUUUACGACACAGAUAUUAAAUCUAUACACGCUGACAACAAGUAAUUAACUUUCUUAGAACUUCCCUUCUCUUAUUAUAUAACAAAAACAAUUACAACAAUGUAGUUCACCCCGCCUUAAUACACUCGUUAUUGAACUUAAAAA